UGGUGUUCAUCCUUCUGAGUGUGUGCCACACCUUUUUGUCACUGCUGCCGAAAUUCAAGAACAUUUCUUUAGCAACACUACCCGAGAAAGAGAAGUGAGGAGUUCAGCGCAGAAAACUGCGGAAGGGACAUGCAAUGUCGGAUCUCACUUCGACACACAAAGGAAACUAACAAUGGAAGUGGAUUAUGUUGAAUAUGAAGAUUACACUCCAGACAAUGAAACUGAGAACAGCACAAACACUCUAGGACAGCUGCAUUUCUACAGCUCUCAGUCCUCCCUGCCUCUUGUCCUCGGGGUGGUCAACAUCUUCAUAUCAGUUCUUGGUCUCGGAGGAAAUUCUGUGGUGAUAUGGAUCUGCGGGUGUAAAAUGAAAAGAACCGUCCUCACCACCUGGUACACCAGUCUGGCCAUUUCAGACUUGCUUUUCUGCGGCUUUUUGCCCUUCGAGGUGUUCUACGUGCUCACCUCGCGCUGGCCUUUUGGCCACAUGCUGUGCAAGCUCACCUCCUCCGCUUUGUUUCUCAACAUGUACAGCAGCGUGUUUCUGCUGGUUUUGAUCAGCGCUGACCGCUGUGUCCUGAUUUUGUUCCCCGUGUGGGCGAACAACCACCGAACGGUGCGGAAAGCGCGUGGAGCCGUCGCCCUGAUGUGGCUCCUCUCUGGACUCCUGACGCUGCCCUCGGUGAUCUUCAGAACGACCACAACCCAAGGGUCGGUCACCAAGUGCCGCACGGAUUACGGCCCCAACUCCAGACACGCGGCUGUGGCUCUGGGGAGGUUCAUCUGUGGCUUCCUGGUUCCUUUCCUGAUUAUCGUGUCCAGCUGUGUGGUGCUCGGUGUGAAGCUGAGAGGUUCAACCAUCCGAUCAAAAAGGCCUUAUAAGAUCAUGGUGGCGCUCAUCCUGUCGUUUUUCUUCUGCUGGGUCCCCUACCAUACCUUUGUUCUCAUGGAAUUAGACUUAGAACGCCGUAAGCUGGAAGUGCUCGACACUGGGCUAAGGGUGGGGGCCACUUUGGCGGCGGCUAAUAGUGUGAUCUCCCCCAUUCUCUAUGUGUUCAUCGGCAAUGACUUCAAGCAAACUCUAAAGCGCUCUUUGGUGUCACGGUGCGAGGAGGCGAUGGCUGAGGACGUCCGUACGGGUGGCCUCAAUCACUCAAGAUCCAAGUCAAUGGAAAUAGUGACAAAUUCUAAUUGUAAUUUGCAAAGGAACAUUUCAAGGUGGAAAUAGAAUGAGCUUUAAAGAGGUAUUUUGGUUCGCUAACAACCAAAUCGAUCAAUGUAUUUAGAUCUAUAGCUUUCUAAAUGUUACGUGUUACGCUGUGUUUAACGACAAUGGCUUUCUGAAGUGAUCCUGAGCCCUCGUGGUAACAUCUUUUACAGAACGACGCCGGUUUUUUAAUGUAGCGCUGCCUGAGAGCUCAAAGGUCACGGGCAUUCAUUGUUGGUUUUUGCCGUGGCCUCUUACGCGCAGAGAUGUCUCCAGAUUCCCCGCAUGUUUUGAUGAUAUUAUGGACUGUAGAGGGUGAAAACCCUAAAUUGCUUGCAACUGUCUGCCGAGAAAACUUAAACUGUUGGACAAUUCGCCCACGCAGUUGUUCACAAAGUGGUGAAUCUCUCUCCAUCCUUGCUUGUGAAUGAUCGAGACUUCCGGGGAUGCUCUAUUUAUACCCAAUCAUGACACUUUUAUGUUUCCAAUGAACUUGUUCACCCAUGGGAUGCUCUAUUU